GCACUCCUAACUUGACUUGCUUGUCUAAGGUAGCCUGUGCUCUCUUGCUCUGUCUUUCCCGCUGUCUAUCUCUCUGUAAGAAGGGGAGGGCUUUACCUGCUUUCAAUCAAUAACUUGUGGAAUUCAACAGUACAAGAAGGUUGUGUGCAGCUGCUUGCUUCACAGCCCCACCGAUUGCAAGGUGUUUGGACGCAUCUUGUGUGUGUACGUGUCUGUGCAUGUGUGAGGUGAACAUGGCUGAGCCCAUGUCUCCAGAUUACUUCAGCUGCCACCUAUGCGCAAAUCUCCUGAGGGACCCGGUGGCCAUCCCCUGUGGCCACAGCUUCUGUAUGGACUGCAUUAGUGGCUACUGGAAUGAGGCUGACUACACCGGGAUUUACAUCUGUCCUCAGUGCAGAAUCACUUUCACCCAGAGACCCGUGCUCAGACCUAAUGCAACCCUCUCCAAAGUGGCUGAGAAGAUCAAGAAGACGGGCCUGAACCUCAACCUGGUGCCUCCAAGCAAUGGGAGCUUUGCUGGACCGACUGACGUGCCUUGUGACUUCUGCUCAGGAAAGAAGCUCAAAGCUGUCAAGUCCUGCCUCAACUGCUUGGCCUCAUACUGUGAAAAACACCUGAAGCCCCACUAUGAGUCGGCUACCUUCAAGAGACACAAACUGGUGGACGAGCUUGGGAACCUGGACAGAAAGAUCUGCCCACAGCACCAGAAGAGCUUGGAGCUCUUUUGCCGUACCGACCAGAUGUGUAUCUGCGCUAUCUGCACCGUCAGUGAGCACAAGGGUCAUGAUAUUGUAUCGGCAGAGGCAGAGAGAAGUGAGAAGCAGAAACUUCUUGGAGUGUCCCAAGCUGAGAUCAAACAAAAAUGCCAGCAGAGGACCAAAGAGCUGGAGGAACUAAAGACGGCUGUUGACUCGCUGAAGAGCUCGGCUCAAAGGGCCAUGGCAGAGAGCAAGAAGAUGUUUGAUGAGAUGAUCACUGCCAUUGAGAGGAUGAGGUCGGAGGUCACCAAGCUGAUCAAUAUCAACGAGAAAGCUGCAUUCAGUCAGGCCGAGGGGUUGAUGGAGCGCUUGGAGCAGGAGAUUGAUGAACUAAAGAAGAAGGAGACUGGCUUAAAGCAGCUCUACAGUACAGAGGACCACAUCCACUUCUUACAGAAUUUCAACUAUCUCUGCACACCAACUGAUGAUGGCUUCAUUCCCAAAGUGUCUCUGAACCCAGACUUCUCGUUCAGUGCCGCAAGGAAAGCUGUCGCAGAGAUCAAGGAAAGACUUGAAGAACUGGGCAGAGAGGAACUGCUGAAGGUCUCGAAAUCAGUGAAUGAAGUACCUGUUUACACACUGGAGAACCGCAGCGUUCGAGAGAAAAGCAGCCGAGUCAAAGACAUCCAAACUGUGGACAGUGCCCCUCCUUCACAGCCCAGGAGCAGGUCUGAGUUCUUAAAAUACUUCUGUCAACUCCGGCUGGACCCCAGCACAGCCUAUAAAGAGCUCUACCUGUCGGAAGGCAACAAGAAGGUAACUCGAACCCGCAACCUGCAGUCCUACCCUGAUAAUCCAGAGCGGUUUGACACCUUUGCCCAGGUGUUGUGCCGCGAGGCUCUGUCUGGUGGUCGCUUCUACUGGGAGAUUGAGUGGAACGGUGAAUUCUCUGUUGGAGUGGCCUACCGGGGCAUCAGCCGCAAAGGCAAGGGUCCCCUUUGCUUGCUGGGGUACAACGACAAAUCCUGGAGUCUCCUCUGCUCUGACACGGGCUACUCUGCCUGGCAUAACCGGGUGGAUAAAGCCAUCAGCGCGCCACAUUCUCCAAGGAUAGGGGUCUACCUAGACCACAGCGCAGGGGUACUGGCCUUCUAUAGCAUCGGUGAGACCAUGACAUGCCUCCAUCGCUUUGAGACCACCUUCACCGAGCCCCUCUAUCCUGGGUUUGGCGUUGGUACAUCGGUUAAAAUCUGCCAGCUAAAAUGAAGACUUUGACUUUUUAAUUUUUACAGAGUACAUUUUUUACAUCAUGUGUUUUAUGUCAUUUUCAGUUAUCAGUAAAGCCAUUGCAUUUUAUUCUACAUUGCAAAAAAAAUAAAAUAUAAACAAAAAAAAUAAACACCUUGAAUUUGAUUUGCAAAUUGCAGCAUUUCAUUUAGACCCUAGCCCCAAAAAUAGCAAAAAUGUUAUUCCAACAUGCCGUGUUAUUUUUGUAUUUUUCAAUUAAUAUCAUUUUAAAUACUAAACCUUGUAUUUAUCCAAGUACCAAGUGCCAUUGUCCAUUUUGUGAUAAAAAGCUUCAUUAUUUCUCAAAAAUGACCUCUUGAUAUUCCAAUUAAAGUUUUUAUUAACAGCCAAA